AUGGAGCUUAUGGAUGUUGCUGAGGCCACUUGUCAUUUUAAUUGCCCUUUCCAGGACGACAUAAUUAUGGAGAUCCUCUACAGGUUACCCAUCCGCGAUCUUGUUCAAUUCAAAUGUGUUUCUAAAUUGUGGAAUGCAUUAAUAUCUGAUCCUUACUUUGUCAACAAGAUCUCGAUCGUGCCAAGAAUGAUCCACAUUCCCAAAAACUUCUUAUUUACCAACGUUCCCUUACGGAUCCUUCAACUUCCAUCUAUUCUUACUGGUUAUUCUUUAGGAUUGGGUUAUGACUCAACUAGUGGUGACUAUAAGAUCCUAAAUAUUCACAGUGGCAGGCAUGGUAGCAAAGUACCUGGUGAAAUUUUCUCGUUGAAAAGUGGUUCCUGGAGAACUAUUGAUAACCAUCCACGUGGAAUUGAGAAUUUACUGCAUUGUUCGGGUUCUGCUUUGGCAUUAGUAAACGAUGCAUUUCAUUGGGUCUGUAUCUCUGGAAACUAUUUCGACGAUUCAAGAGCUUUCUCUUUGGUUUCAUUUAGUAUUUCAAAAGAAGUGUAUGCAGACAUACCAUUGCCAGGGCAAUUAUUACGCUUGGGGGGCAACAUCGGUAUUGGCGUUUCUGAAUUGGACGGAAUGCUUUGUGCUUAUUCUAUUUGUGAGCAUCAGAGGAAGCGCACAUUUAAGUUAUGGGUAUUGAAAGACUAUGGUGUCGGUGAAUGCAAUUAUUUACACUUGGAUUGCGUCAUCGGUAUUGGCAUUUCUGAAUUGGACGGAAUGCUUUGUGCUCAUUCUAUUUGUGAGCAUCAGAGGAAGCGCACAUUUAAGUUAUGGGUAUUGAAAGACUAUGGGGUUGGUGAAUCUUGGAUUGCAUUGUUUGUUAUAGAUGCUUCGGACAUUUUGAGGGCCGUACCAAAAUAUAGGUUUGCGGACGGUGAAGUGCUAUUCUUGUCCACCAAUUUGCUGGGUAAACCAACACAUUCAUUUUGGACAUCCAGAGGGUCAUUUGGAAUGUGUUAUUCCAUUCGGGGUGGAUUUGCUUUUACAGAAAGCUUGAUCUCUCCUAAAUCAUUUAUUUAG